UUUUGACAUUUUCAAAUGCCAAAUUCCUUUCAUCUCGCUCAUUACAUUUCCAACUGAGCUCAACAUCAAACUAAGCUUCGUGUCUGGUUCGUCCAACCAAACACCUGCGCAUCUUCAUUCAUGGGUAAGAUCACAACGCAGCCUUUAUCUCGAGAGCCUUCCAAUUACGAUGAAGCUUUCAUGCACCAGAGCUUGCUUUUUGAUGAUAGUCUAAAGGAUUUGAAAAAUCUGAGAGCACAACUAUACUCAGCAGCUGAGUAUUUUGAACUCUCUUACGCCAAUGAUGACCAAAAGCAUAUCAGGGUGAUUGAAACAUUGAAGGAUUAUACCAUCAAAGCUUUGAUAAAUACGGUGGAUCAUUUAGGGUCUGUGACCUAUAAAGUAAAUGACUUGUUAGAUGAAAAGAUGGCUGAGGUUUCUGGAGCAAAGUUACGUGUAUCAUGCAUAGAACAGAGAGUAAGGACGUGCCAAGCAUUCAUGGAUCACGAGGGGCGUACGCAGCAAUCAUUGGUGAUUGAAGCUCCAAAAUAUCAUAAACGUUUUAUUUUGCCAGCCGGGGAGACCAUACGUGGAGCCAACUUUUCAAAAUCAAAAUACUUGGGAUGCAACCUAGAUGAUGAGGAUGACUGGCAUCAUUUCAGAAAAGCCGUUCGAGCCACGAUACGAGAAACGCCAACAUCUACCGUGAGCAAUGGGUGUUCUCCGUCACCUUCUCUGCAAACUCAGAAAGCAGGAGCAUUUUCAUUCACUUCAACCAUGCAGAAAGAGGAUUUUGAGAAGAGAACAGUUUCGCCAUACAGAUUUCCACUUUUACGCACUGGAUCUCUUUCAAAUAGGUCUACAACACCUACGAGUAGUAGACCAACUACCCCAAACUCAAGCAGGAGACCCACAACACGAAGUCCUUCUGAUGCAAGAAUAAGGUCCCCUUCGGAGCCGCGGAAAUCGGCUUCAAUGCGAUUACCUGCUGAGAGAGACAGCAACAGAGAACACCCGAGUAAAAGUAAACGUCUCCUGAAAGCGUUACUUAGCAGGCGCAAGUCAAACAAAGACGACUUGUUAUACUCUUACUUGGACGAAUACUGAUGAUAUACUUUCAUACAGAUUCCUGAAAAUUUAAUCCGAUGCAAAGCUCUUUCUUUGCAAACUUUGCUUAUUUCAUUUUCGGAGCCUGUUUCCUACUUAUUCCUUCCUCUUUGGUUAAUCCAUUUCCUUUUAGUUUGGACUGAACACAUAUUUGUUAAUUUACUUUUUCAUUUCUCUAUUUAAAGCUUCAUGUUAGAAUUUCAAAA